GUAUUCUCAAGACCUUCAAAGAAAACAGUUGAAUCAAAAAAAGAAUAAAACAAAAUGACUACAAAUAUUGGUGGAUCUUGCAACACAAAUCCCAGAGAUCAAAGCAAUGAUGUUCUUCUUAAUCUCACCAGAACUAUUGGAGAUGAAAAACAAAAUGCCACUGUAGGAGCAUUUGUGGCUGCCAAUGAUCAUCGUGGUCCUCAAAUGGGUACUGUGGGAGCUUUUGCCAAUGUUAAUGCUAAUGGCCAUGCCGCCUCUUUGGGUAUUAAUCAUACUCCUAAGUAUAAUAUGACAACUAUGGAAGCUUCUGCUACAGCAAAUCUUUGGACUUCGGCUAAUCAGAAUACAUCUUUAAAUGCUACUGCUUCUCAUAGUCAACAUGUUAGUGGUCCUAUGACUGGUUUUAAAAGCAACAAUUAUAUGUUAAAUCUCAAUCAUAGAUUUUAAAAAAUUUAUUUUAUUAUUUUUAUUUGUUAAUCUUUUAUCUUUAUAAUAAGUAGAGAUUUAUGUAUAAAAAGCGUUAAUGGUUCCUUUAAAAUAAUUUUUAA